AUGCCACAAAAACGGGUGUCGUCGUCCUCUUUGGUAUCAUCGCCGCUGCUAUUUUCUUGUUUCAGCACUUCCUCAAUUUAUUCAACAUAUGUAACUCCGCCUGCUUCCCCAUUCUCUUCUCGCUUUCAUAUUAAAGCUCCCAUUUCCUCUCUCUCUCUCUCUCUCUCUCUCUCUCUCUCUCUCUCUCUCACUCAGAUUCAGUGCAUAGGCAGAGGAUUCCAUGGCUGCAAUGUUGUCAUCUGUUGGAACGGCGUCAGCCCCAUUUUCCUUGGCAGAUCACUCGGCCAAAUUGUCUACCUUCUCCAUAUGCUCUCUCCCAGAUUGGUCUGCUUGUUUCGUUCUCUGGCUUUAGUCUAUGAUCUUAGAAAUUUGCUUAGUAGAUCUGAUCGAAGCUCGAUUUUGAAUCCAGUUUGUAGCACUCAGAUGCCUGGAAAGCUCAUUACCAAGGCUGUUGCGGUCGGUGCUCGAAGUUUUACCUUCUUAUUAUGUUCUUUUUGUAUUUACAUUAGCCUACACGGACUGAAAAUUCUGCCUCAGCAGCUUCGAAACCUGGGUAAGGUUCUAAGUUCUCAAUCUGUAAUCAUCCUAUUUGUUCUUUAUUCUUUCCGGUAUUUGUGCGACACUUCUGGCAGCUUCGAAACCUGGGUAAGCUCGUUAGCCAGUAGGUCUUAUGCCACACGCCUUUUGGCAUCGCCCGAGCCUAUAACUCGCUCUUUUGCUCUUAUGCCAUAUAUUCUUACAGUGCCUGUGCCAAUAACUUGGUUUAUGCCACGUCUUUUGGCAGCGCCCGAGCCUAUAGCUCGGUCUUAUGCCACGUCUUUGGCAAAUCCCCAAUUAGUUUUGGAUGAAAUAAAAUUUAAUUCAUUCAUAAUUCAAAAUUUAUCUCAUAUAGCGUGGUCGUUCCGUCAAGAGUUUUUGAAAUGGCACGAGCUCCUCCUUUUCGAAGCCCUUCGUGAAGGCCUGGACGAGGAAAUGGCCCGCGACCCCCGUGUCUGCGUGAUGGGCGAGGACGUGGGACACUACGGAGGCUCGUACAAAGUCACCAAAGGCCUCGCUGAAAAAUACGGCGACCUCCGCGUCCUCGACACCCCCAUCGCCGAAAACUCCUUCACCGGCAUGGCCGUCGGGGCCGCCAUGACGGGCCUCCGCCCCGUCAUCGAGGGCAUGAACAUGGGCUUCCUCCUCCUCGCCUUCAACCAAAUCUCCGACAACUGCGGCAUGCUCCACUACACCUCCGGCGGCCAGUUCACCAUCCCCACCGUCAUCCGCGGGCCCGGCGGCGUCGGCCGCCAGCUCGGCGCCGAGCAUUCCCAGCGCUUAGAAUCCUAUUUCCAGUCCAUCCCCGGAAUCCAGAUGGUCGCGUGCUCGACUCCUUACAACGCCAAGGGCCUCAUGAAGGCUGCGAUCCGCAGUGAAAACCCGGUUGUUCUCUUCGAGCACGUCCUCCUUUACAAUCUCAAGGAGAGAAUCCCGGACGAGGAGUACGUGCUUUCGCUCGAGGAGGCGGAGAUGGUGAGGCCGGGAGAGGAUGUGACGAUACUGACGUAUUCAAGGAUGAGGUAUCAUGUGAUGCAGGCGGCGAAGAGUUUGGUGAACAAGGGUUAUGAUCCGGAGGUGAUUGAUAUAAGGUCGUUGAAGCCGUUUGAUUUGUAUAUGAUCGGGAAUUCGGUGAAGAAGACGCAUAGAGUGGUGAUUGUGGAGGAGUGCAUGAGGACGGGAGGGAUUGGGGCGAGCUUGACGGCGGCGAUAAACGAGAAUUUUCACGAUUAUUUGGAUGCGCCGAUUGUUUGUCUUUCGUCGCAGGACGUGCCGACGCCGUAUGCAGGGACGUUGGAGGAGUGGACGGUGGUUCAGCCGCCGCAGAUUGUGGCGGCUGUUGAGCAGCUCUGUCAGUAGAAGGAGAGCAUGACCUCUAUUGAAUGUGGUGAGAUGAAGUUGAGGUCAGUUUUAGUCUUGAAACUUUUUAUUAUUAUGCUUUGCUACAAAUUGUUUCGGUNUGAAGCCCGAGUAUGGUUUUGUUAUUGAUUUGAGUGUUAAAGAACUGCAGGUCAUGUUUUUU